AUAAAGGAAAAAGAAAGCUUCGCCCCCAGCAGCAAGGCAGCCAGCCAGCCAGCCAGCGUCUUCAACUCGGAUCCUGAUCCAGAGAAAUCCCUGUUGUGCAUCCUCUUCCCGGUCUAUCCGUGCGUGUGCGUGUGUGUGUGUGUGUGUGUCCUUUCCCAUCAUGUCCAAACCCUCUCUGCUCUUGUUGUGCCUGCUGGUCCCCAGCCUGUGCGACAUUGUGUCGACGUACCAUACAUCCAGACAGACCCAAGACCUUGCAACGUUAACAGAUCUCGAAGGAUCAGGGUCAGAUGAUGAGGAUGAAAAUGUUUAUUCUGGUUCUGGAGGAUCAGGGUACUUUGAGUUUGACACUGAGCUGAGAUUUACCACCAGUGUGACCCGGCCAGCUACAUCGCCACCCUCCACCUCGUCGUUUGGAUCCCUCCAGCCAUUUGCCUUCACGUUCAGGAAUACCGCCUUGGCAGGCGGCAGCACCGCCAGUUCACCCACGCCCGCCUCCACUGCCCUCACCACGGCAGUGACCACGACAGCAGCGCCGGCUCCCAUCACGAUGCCAGCUGCCGCUGUCACCACGGCUCUCCUGGCGACCACCACAAGCACCGCGGCCACCACCACCACCACCACCACCACCUCCUCCUCCUCCUCCUCCACGCCCACCGCCAGUACCGUUGCCAUGCCAGCUACCCGCACCAUUGCCCUUGUGCCACUGGUGACCGCAGCAGCGACCACAGCGCUGGCAGCCACGAGGAGUACAACCAGGGUCGGCGUCAUAGCCAGACCAGCUUCCACACCAGAUCCGCAGACAACCCGAGCAACGCUGGAAAACUUCCCGGAGGGCACCAGUAAAACCCUCUUACAUGUCCCUUACAUCACCGAGCACACACAAAGAGCUGACACCAGUGAAAUGGUCAAGGAGGUGACCAUUAACAACGAGGUGGAGGUUCAUGCUGCCGGUGGACCAAGUGGAGACUUUGAAAUCACCGAGGAGGGGGAAGUGGUGGACCCGGAGGCAAAUAACGAGGUGUUUGCUGCUGUCACACAGCCAACCGGGAGAGGCAGUGGCAAGAGCGGCCUUCCUGAUUUAAUAGACAAUGCAAUAGAGUCGGGGAGCUCAUCUUCAGCUGCACAAUUACCCCAGAAAAACAUAUUGGAGAGAAAAGAGGUUUUAGUAGCGGUUGUGGUCGGUGGGGUGGUCGGAGCACUCUUUGCUGCCUUCCUGGUCAUGCUGUUGAUCUACCGCAUGAAGAAAAAGGACGAGGGAAGCUACACUCUGGAAGAGCCAAAGCAGGCGAGCAUAGCUUACCAAAAACCUGACAAACAGGAGGAGUUCUAUGCAUAAACAAUUCAAGAGUGCCUCUCAUUGCUUGGACUGUAAACAGAUCAUUCUCUUAAAGAAUAAAAAAAAAACAAAAAAUGAAUAAUGAUCCCAAAUAAUGUCACUCGAGAAAAGAGUGGCAGAGUCAUGUUUUAAUGCUGGUCUUUUUCACGUGUGUUGUUGAAUUUGCUGUUGUUGUUCAACCCAAGGCUUCCAAAGGAGUUGGUACUAGGUGGAGCUUGAAAAUGCAAAGCACAGCUGCUUCUAGACAACUGCCACACUGCAAUAGAUAUUUUGUAUAGUGCAGAGCAUUGGGAAUAGUCCUAGUGACUGGGAGGUGCUGAAGGCUUGCAUAUUAAAAAAAAAGUUUUUUUUAAAGUCCAUUUUGCUCAUCUAGAAUGGUUACAUUUUGCCUCUGAUUCAAACAGUAGUGCAUUGUCACAAGGUUGUAUUUCAACCUUCAGAAGUUCUGUGAGCAAUUUAUUGGUACCACGUUGUCUGUUAUUCUCUGUUCUUGAAUACAUAUAUAUAUUAUAAUAUAUAUAUUAUAUAUAUACACACGCAAAAGUGAUUUUGGUUUGACUGCCCUCUGAAAAUAGACAAUCAAUAUCUGAUGUCUAUAGAGUUACUGUGCUGAAAUUGUAUGAAAGCUAAAUGAAAGAGUAUUAAAUUCUGAUGACAUAGCUGAGGUUUGAAGUUCACGAGACAGAUCCUUAAGUUAAUGUUGCUAAAUUUUCGAUAAGUGCGAUAAGAUUGAAUAAAAAAAAGAUUUGUUUUUGAAAAUGUUUUCCUAUCUUUAACGCCUUAUUCCCUGUGAUUCAGUCGAGUUUGGGGGAAUGAGAUUUGAGCAACUGGCAUCUCCAAUCAGCAACAGAAAAACAAAGCUUAACUUUCAAAACUAGGCCUGUAUCUGGAGCACCAGCUCUGAGUGCUUCCUGUUCUCCAAUGAUGUUAGCGUUCAUCAGAAUUAUUCCCAUCAAACCUUUGGGAAGAAAACACUGGGAAAUGAUGUGAGUGAAUAAUGGAGGUAGGAUCCUCCCAUUGUGUGUCUGUUAUUCUACAUUCUAUCUCUGGUUGCUCUUCUCAAUUGACAAAAUUCUUUCCUUUCUCUGUCACUCUCUCUCUCUUUCUAUUAUUCCUUUUUUCCCCCUCUCUUUCCUGCUUUCUCUUCUCUCUCCACCUUCUGGUCUCUCUCACUCUCUUCCACGAAUAAGCAAGAAAACAUUAUCAUCACAUGGUUCUCUCCCAAUUUCCAUACCUUAACUAUAAACUUUCUGUUAACGAUUGUGGUGCCAAAAUGUUAAUCAACCCUUUGCUCUUGCUAUAGGUGCUGGGAUUGCCUCGUCCCAUAAUCACAAUCUCUACUGUCUCCUGCUUAUUAAGCGGAGGCAGUGUUGGGCUCCAACACUGAUGACUAGUGUGCCAGCCAGCUGGGCUGGGGAGCAGAGUGAAGGCAAAGAGAGCAAGUGGGGUAAUGGGAGAGGUGCCCACGAGGCUACCAGGGAACUGCAGGAAACAAUUGAUGUAUCUACAAGAGCAUUGGGUAGGACAAUGUAAUAAAUUGCCAAGGGCAAAUGUUAAUCUUUGACAUCUGCAUGCGUCAUUGUUUCUAGGAGCAUGUCUGAUAUCAGAGUUAGAACAACUAAAAGGCCAAAGGUCACUAGCCACAAUAAAGUAUUAUUGGCUGGUGAAAUAAGGCAUUAUUAGUGAUUUGUCCCACUGUAAAAAACAUUUAACUGAUUCAUAGUUUGAGAUUUAUGUAGUUAAAGUUCCUGUGUAUUAAAAAAAAAACCUGUUGAAUUGACACUGCCUAGGGACGUAGGUAGAGAAAGAACCCUUUGCAUGUGAGCAAUGCAUUAAAGAGUAGCAUGCUUAACUGGAAAGUAUUCCAUAUGGAGGUUGGGGAACCAAGCAAAUCCUCCUCAGGGCACAUCCAGGUUUGGGGUAUAGGAGAGAUGAAAAUUAAAUUUCAACACUAGAAAUGUGAAACAAAAGCAAAAAAGAAAGUGCUGGAAACACACAGCCAGACUGCCAACAUCUGGGAAGAGCAGAGUCAAGUUAACGUUUCAGUUUGAAAUCUCAGCAGUUUUUGAAAAUUGACUCUGCCUUUGGUCUCUACCAUUUUGACUGAGCUGCUGCAGAAUGUUCUGUUUGGUUUAAGAUCCAGUGUUCAUGGUUUCUUCUUCUUUCUCUGGGGCUGGUGAAGAUUUAACUGAUAAUCUCAGAAAACGAGAACAAUUGUCACUGUUGUCUUGCUUGUCAUAAUCUUUCUUUACAGCAAUGAUGCCAAAAUUAACCUUUGGUUGAAUCUGUGGGGCCUGAGUUACUGAGCUCAUAGUGCCAACAGGAAGUUAUGUCCACCCACUGUUCAUAUCAGGACAACAUGAACACAGUGCCCAAGGGUCUUCCCUGAGUUCAAAGUCUAGGGCCUUGUGAGUCUUCAUUUGGACUCGACGGCAUUAACUCUGGUAUCAACCAAGCGACUGUGGCAAGUGGUAAAGAAAAACACUUAUAAUACACUUCCUGUCAACUUUUUUGUCAUAAAUUCUUAUUUAAGGUAAACUCCUCAGAUUGUAAUUGCACUCUCCUGUCGGUGAAAUUGGUGGGGAGAUGUAGGGGUUACAGUGGCAGUUGCCAUUAUUAAAGUGUUCCUAGGAAUUUAUAAUGGGGAGAAGGGAAAUAAAGAGACAGGAUAUGUGACUUUAAAAUGGGAACUGAGUCACAUCGGCACGCUCUGGUCCAAAUACCUCCUGCUUUCCAAACCUCUUUCACCUGAAGGUACUCUUCACUCCCUGUAUAGGCUGUCACAGGAGAUUGAAAUAAGAUCUUACAAUUCAAUCCAAAAAGUGAGAUGCAGAAUAAAGUCUGUCAGCAUAAAUCAGCUUCAGUAUUCCUCCCAAGGGUUGUCUCAGAGUUUAUGUAGGGCAGAGUAUGAAUUUUAGAUUUUCUUCCUUUGUAGUGAUUAUUUUUUAAAAAGCCACCAUUAAGCCUUCACCAGACAGCUCAACUAAUGUUUCAAUACUGCCUCCUAUUUCAGUUGCACUGUUAAUAAAACAAAACAUCACAUAUUUUGACUGUAAAUUCAAGAAAUAAUCUUUCAGAAAAGAGCUCAUACGUUGUGUAUAUAACUAUAGGUUCCCAAUGAGGAAAGGCAGGCUGCAAAAAAACAUUGUGAACACCAUCCACAAAAUCUCAACAUCUAACCUCCACCCCUACCUCCUCCUCUCACCCAAACCCUGCCUACACUGGCUAGUGAAUAGUCAGCUGAAUAACAGAGAGCAAAAAAGCAAAUGUUGCUGAUACUUCAGAGAUAAACUGGCUGAUUCUGGCUCUACAUUCAGGCUAAGUUAAAUUCAUUGAUGGAUCAACCAGGAUUAUAAUCCAGGCAAUGGAUUUAACUGAACUUGAAAUCAAGGGGAGAAUGAAUGAGUUGCAUUCUUCAUUCCUAAUCACAUGGAACUUGCAUCACAGAAACGUUCAACCUAAAUAGCUUACGUUCCAAGCCAGUGUCCUCCCAUCUAACUCUACCAGCCCGUCCUUGGCACUGGAGAGCUGUCGCAUUACUUGAAGCCAUGUCAUUUUCUCAUUAAGUUGUUUCUUUUUAUCUGACAUAUAAACAGAUUGAAUAAUAUGGCCAAUAAGCUGCACAAGUGCCAUGUAUUCUCAGUUGGGUUAGGUAGAGGGUGGUGAGAGCAACUUAAGGCGAUACUUGAUCAGAAUACCAGUAAAUGGGUCGUAGGUGAGAGAUCAGUUGUUAUAAAGGGAAGCGACAAUUUUUAUAAUCCCAUUGCUUCGGUUAUGAUACAUUUCAAAUCUAACCCCGACCUUUAGUCUUGAACUUCUUACCUUGGGACUUGGUAAUUGUUCUUGUAUAUUUUGUUGAUGAAGUGGAGGGAGAGAUCAAUGAUUGUUGAGAAGUCUCACAUCGCAGAAUGGGCUGCUCCUCAUAAUGCAUUUCUCCCUCAUAUAUCGAUUACAUUUUAUGGUCUUUAUUGUCAGCUCGAGUUGUCUUUAUUCCCAAGACAGAUUGUUGACAGUGUUGACAACUGAAGGUCUCCCUCUCUCUAUUCUGCAACAGGGAGGAGCAUUGAUUCAGUGCAUUUUGUUGGCUUCUUGAUCCAAUUGCAAUCACAACAGGAUUAAUAAACUGCCGUAGUGACUUGUAGAAACUCUGUUUGGCCACUGCCCUGUUAAUUAUGAUUGACUCCCCUCAAAUAUCAUACUGGAAUCGCUACCAGUGAUAACAUUAGACAGCACCAAUAUUAUGACCAUACGAUGGAAUGUUGAACUGUAAUGGACCUUGCAGGUAGAACUAGGCUCCCAACAAUAGUCAGCUCUAACUGAUAGCAGUCAUUCAUGUUCUUUCACACAUGCUGACUGAUUUUGAAGGCUAAGCCAGUAGUAUUGUGGCAAUACACUGCAUGCUUAAUACCCCCAGUGAUGGAAGUUUGCAUUCCUCUUCCUUCAUACACCCUGAAUGAGAAAUUAUAAAGUUCAUCAAGGUUUUGUAUCAGGUUCAGCAACUACCAAUUUUCAUACACCAAUUACACCUGCAUUGCUGAGGUGUCAGUCAUCCAGUCUUUACCAAUAGUCAGUAUUUGUACAGAUUUGAAAGAGUGAGAAUCAGUAUGCUGCUUCUAAGUUUUCCCUUGUUGUGUGCAGUGUGGUUUGUUGCACUCCGCAACAUACUCCGGACUGCUGUUCAGCCGUGCAGUUUAGAGGGAAUAUAGGCCACAAUAAUGGAUUGUUUUCACCCGGAUGGGAAAUUAAAUAGCCAGCUAUAACAUCGUCCAUGUUAACCCUCGAGGCUCAGGGCAGGAGAGGGACAGGGGCCAAAAUUUUCCCGACAUCUUGGAGUUGGGUUCCGAGGCAGGGCAGUAAGCUGGUGGGAAAACAUCUCAGGCCAGUUCCGCAAUGUGUUCCCACCUCCUCACAAUUUUACCAGGGGGAGCAUUGCAGCUCUGAUGGUUACCCACCUGGCAGCAGAGGUAUGCCAGUUAGUGGAGGUGAUUAAGUAGUUACAUUGCAUUUUGCCGCGCCAUUUCAGUUCUCCCAGGGAGAUCUAGAAUUGACCUCCGCAGUGUGCAUGGUGAGGCUGGUAAAUAAUCAGAAGACAAUGGGAAGCCUGCAGUAUGGGCUGAGGCCCUACCACUACAGUUGUCUCUCUUGGAGCCUAUUGCUGCCUCUGAGAGUGGUGGGGAUUAAGAAAAUCAUUCCGGCCCCUCCUUCAUCACCUCCCUCUUAUUGCGGUGCUCCCUCUUGAACCUGGCUCACUCCUAAUUCAGCUGCCAGCCUCCUCACAUGCUGCUUCUUGAUUGGCCCUCCUGCCUCUCUGUAACCUGCCCACCAUACCUGACUGGGCUUCGAACGCAGAGGUAGCCGGCUAAUUGGCCGCCUCUCGUGAAACUCAGCCAGCGGGUGCACCACUGAAACACGUGGGGUUGGGACCCAGAGAUGGUCCUGACAUUGGGUUUCUGACACUUGGGGCAAAAUUCGGCCCGUGUGGUUCUGUGUUUUUCCAGACUGGAUGUUGAGCAAGCUUCAAGUGCUGCUAUAGCUCAUGUCAUUCCUAUCUCCUUAAAUUCAAACCCAUCUAGUGGAGACUGUGACUUGAAACCAAGUUCUCUUUCCCUUCUAUUUCCUCCCGACGAAAUUACCUCAGUUGGCAACUCAUUGGGCCGAACUUUUCACUCGGCCUGCGGGCACAUACCCGACACGCUCGAGCGUCAAAUGGCACCGGCCACCAGCGCGAUAUUACAAUCAGCAGACGCGCACUAAACCUGGAAGCGCAUCCCCGCCCCCACCCCACCUCCCGACAAUUAAGAGGGCCAUUAAGCCCAUUAAGGGCACAAUUAAGUGGGAUUUUUCUGCUGCCCGUCCAACAUUACAGUCGGCACUUUUCAGGAAACCUCAUCCAAGAGCGGGAUGAGGUUUCCGUCGUUAAAUUAAAAAAAAAUGUUUGGACAGAAUUUUCAUGUUGUGUAUGUUCAGGUGACUGUUUCUGAUGAGUGGGCAUUUUUUUUUACGGAUUUUAAUAUCUUUAUUUUUUUUAGUUUUUAAGUUCGUCAGAUCCCGGAGACAGCUCCCUACUGUCAGGGAGCUUUCAUUCCGCAGACCCCCUGUGCCCUCGCUGACUUCAGCGCUCGCCCUGCUCCUGCCCCCAACCCCGGCAGCGCUGAUCGUAUCAGCGCGCACUUUGCACUGGCUGGCUGUUAAUUGGCCAGCCAACGUGAAGUCGAGGCCAGGGGCUGGUUGCUGUCGGCGGUCUGUUUCCUGACCUCCCCAGGGACCCAUCAAUCCCACCCAACCUGCCGAGCUGAAAAUUCAGGCCAUUGGGUCUGAAUGUACUGGACUAACCUGCCAGAGAUGAAUCAGCCACAACAAGCGCUGGAAAGUCUCAAUGACCCCCUGCUGCUUUCACAAAUAUCAUUUUUCCUCCUAGGCGUUGGAUUAUUUUUCAAUUAACGCCACUAUUGCAUAGAAUUUAAAUAAUGCAGGCAUAGGAACAGACAUAAAGUUUAAAAGCAAUGGCUUGCUGAUCCAAUUGCAGCCAUAUAAUCUACAUUGGUUUUCUAUCUUAAAUAGUACCUACUUCUAAUUUUGCAUACCAUGGGCAGAAUGUGUCAAGAAUUGCAGGUCAGCUUAAUUCAGUCUCAUUUUCUAACUGUAUUGAGGAAGUCUGGGCAAUGUUAACACAAUUUCCCACAAGUGCCUGGCCCGUUAGUUGACGCUGCUGCCAAUCUCAGUUGGUGAACCCAUAAUAAUGGGUUGAUGUGAUGAUGGAGGUUAGCUUGUGUGGUGCUUGGCGCAUUGCUGUGGUUUGGGGCUUAAUACACUGGAAGGGUGAUGGGAACUCUGGCUGCAUGAUACAUUUCAUCCACCAGCGCUAGCACCCUUCACUUCGAUUAACUCGAUUAACACUGCCAAGAACAGGUCAGGUUUGGGAAAUCUCACCAGAGCCUGAAUUUGUGAAAAUGUGUUGAGAAAAAGUGACAUGCUGUUAGAGUUCCUUUACAGAGGUUGUAAUUUAAACAUCUCCAAAUCAUACAGAAUGUUGGAAGUAUGGAGUCAAUCUGUAAGUUUGGGGGAGCAGGUUUGGCAGGUGAACAUCCUUGGGUUUGAUAAAAGUUUGCCCUCAUUCUGUGCCCAGGUUUUGGCUCACAAUCCCAAUCAUAACCCAAGAGUUAAGAUGACUGUUCAGAAGCUACAGGACCCACCUCAGUGCCCUAGCAAGGGUCAGUACUUUCAAAUGAUGUAGGUAGAAGAGGAGAAGAUGCAGUUUGCUAUCUCUCUCAGCGGUAACCUUGCUCUUCAGGUUAUUUCUAAUAAAGCUUCAAAAUCCCCUGAUAAGCCAUGUCUGUAAAGUUGUGUUCAGUUUGGAGCCACUGAUAAGCGGAGGACUACAGUGAAAGGAGCGCAACGUGCUGUUCAAUAAAAUGUCAAUUAAAAAGAAGAUUGUUUUUGAACCUGUGUGAAGAGAGGCCAAGUGAUGAGUGCAAAAUAGUGGCGUCCAUGUUUGCUUCCGCUAUAAUUACAAUUUGUGCCCUUCCGAACCUUUAAACUGUUCCUAAACCUUAUCAUUGGAAAAUAUGGGGAGGACUUGCUUGGUCACCAGCAAUACAUCAGGCAGAACAGGUCUGGAUGUAGGAAAUGUUUGGCCUGCAAACAAGAAAUUGCUAACACUGAGUCUGUCUGAGCGGUGGGAAAGCUAUGGAGAUACUCCAAGCUAAUAUUUACAGCGUAAAAUAUUCUUUUAAAAUCACAGAAAAAAAUUGGCCCAGUGACUUGAACUAUUUAAUGCUCAGCAUCCCAGUGAAAGUUGAGCAUUCAAGUCCCCAGGCCGCUUGCUGUUCCUGCAGGUUUAGUUUUUGUAGAGUUCUCAUUCUGCUGUUAGAUCAGACGCUUUGGAGAAGUGAGGUCUUCCCAUCCUGAGGCUGUAGCAGGUCGGGAGGGGGGAAACCAAUUCAACCCAACAGCUCUUCUUAAUGUUACAGUCAGAAAGCAACACGGAUGGCAGUGGUUGAAUCUUUAGGAUGGAGACUGUUGUACAUUGGUUUGAUGACAAAUGCUUAACAGUAGGCGAAAACAGCGAGGCAGGCUAGUGUGGGGGGAACAAAUCAACCCAGAUACAUUUACUUCCCACAAGGAAAAUCCUUCAUAUUUCCCAUGAGGCUGGAUGACAGACAGUAUUGUGGCAGUGAGAUCUUGCUGGUCAUGAAUUAAUAUCUAUCUUUUCAUUUUGUCGUAAUGGAGGGCGCACUUAUACCUUUCAUUUUUCCACUUAGAAUUCGUUUUGUGCAAGAAAUCCAUCGUAGUCACAGGGAGACUUGGGAAUUGUAGACAGUGCUCUAUUGAGUAUUAAUGGAUACACUUACUGUCAUGCUUGAUAUUACACCACUGUCAUAGCUACCUCAGUGGCAUAAGACAAAAAUAAUCAAUCUGCUGAAAUAGAAUUGUGUCCCACUAGAACACUGCCUGCAGGAAGGGAGAGUGGACCUUCUGAGACAGUCUAGGAACGAGAUAAGUUGAAUGGUAAAUACUGUAUCCGACAAUCGAACUAGCGGUGCUCAAGCUGUUUUUGCAGGAUUCAUUAUUUUGUCUGCAAAAUUUAACCAGUGAAAGGGUGUAACACGAUGGAUCUAUAAAGAAAAUUAGCACAUUUUGAAUCUCGCCCUCUGACAAAUUAUGUAAAUAGUUUUUAAAACCUGUACAAAUUUUAAUGGCAUUAAUGUGCGUCUUAGUAUUUUGCCUCUCUGAAAGCGAUGUUCAUGUAGGGUUCCUUGUGCAGCAAACAGGGACCAAAUGGAAAUUGGAACUUCAGCUUCUGAUUAUUCGUACAGUUGUAUCUUGUGCGCUAAUAAGUCCACCUUUGGAAGAAGCAUGUAAAUAUUUUUAAUAGGAAAUAUAUCAUAAAUGGAUUCCAGUUGUCUUGUAUAUACUCCUUGUAGAGUUGUAGCAAUCUAGACUUAAUAGUACCUGUCUUUCCAAUUUGUAAACUGUUUUAUUCCAAGUUGCUGGCCAUGAGAAAUGAUUUAAAAAAUAAGGUUUUGUCUGUUUUUUUAAAUUAUAUAUCUGUGCUGUGCCCAUUUAUGAAAUAAAAACUAAUUGAAACAUA